AUGUUGAUUAAUAACGAACUUUUUGUUAGUUUAAAUAACAGAUUUUCAUUAUUUAGAUUUAAUGAAGUGAGAUACUUCGCCAAACUGACUCGAUGGGUGGCAGAUACGAAAUUGGCACAUGAAAUGCAGCAAUUUAAACAUUUUCAAGACGUUAUAUCUUUCUGUCUAGAUCACAAUGAUGAUUUGACAAGAAGGGAUGUCAUUGCCUCCCUCUCUUACGUGGGCACUUGCAAGGGGAAGGAUUACAAGAGUGAUAAAUUCAAAUUUUAUUUGAAUUUCAUUUUAGAUAGAGUCGAAGUAUUGUUUAAUGAUAAGAAUAUCUACCUUUUGGUUCACAGAUUGGCUGUACUAAAUUACACUCCUGGGUUGUCUUUGUUGUACAAAAAAUAUAUCUCAAAACUUCAAUUCGACCGUGCAGAUACAAAAAGCAUUGCAAUUAUUUGCUGGGGUUUUAUGAAAAAUGAUUUGUCCUACAGUCAACUUUUUGAAUCCAUAUCUCAAACUCUCAUACAUAAAAUACACCUGUGCAAUCUUACAGAUACAUCAUUAUUGUUAUGGAGCUACUGCAGAUUUAUACCAUUACAACAUAGACUUCUAUUUCUGCUUAUAAACCGACUAUUUGAAAUCAUAAAUGUAGUGGAAAUUAGAUUAAUGGAUCUUUUAAAUGAUACUGUCAAAUACAUUCCAGGGCAGUUUAUUACAGAUGUCACAAUUGAUAAAUGUGAGAUUAUCGAUAGUCUAGAUAGUUUUAAAGAAUGCACUAAUGAUGUGGAUAAAUCUGAUUUAUCAAAUAUGGCGGAUAAAUACAUAGAUUCAAGUGGACAGUUUUAUACCAAUAUUUCUCAUGACCUAUCGAUGGCUGCUAGAUCAUUAUCACUUAUCCCAGGAUACACUAAUCAUGUACGAAAAUUGAUUGAUUUCACCUUGUACCUAAGUGAGACUGGAAAGGUGGAUUUGACAGCCCAGUGCAUGACUAGUUUAUGGGAGGCGAUGGCACACAAAGGUUUAAAUGAUGACAAAUUAAUAGAUAGACUCUGCGAGUCCUCAAGAUACCUGAGAUUAGACCAUACAUUCAAUUCAAAUAUGCUAGUAAAGAUAAUGCAUUCAAACACAAAGUUGAAGGUUAAAGACCCUAGAGUUAUAUAUCAAUGUUUGCAUUGGUUGGAAAAGAGGGCAGAUCAAAUGCACGCCAGUCAUAUCCUCAGCAUAGCCAAGUGUUUAGUGUUUAUGGGCAUUGAUAACGAAAAGGCUUGGAAGAGAUUGGGAGUUGCUAUACAAUCCAGGGGCAUAGAAUUGACAGCGAUGGAGCUUGAAGAGUUGGUGGAAUUGUUCAAAAAAAUAGGAAGGGGUAAUGAGCGGAUAUAUGGCGUGUUGAACCAUUUUAUAGCAGUUAAAAAUGAUCAUGCCAUGUACGGCCCUACGUAA